AUGUAUACAUAUAAUACUUCCGUGCAUACGAGCACAAACUAUACGCCGUUUGAAUUAAUUUUUGGGUACGCGCCAAAAAUCCCGAGUUCUUUCUCGAAACCAAUUNCAAAAAAUCAGAGAGAGUUAAAAGGGUUUUUAGGUUUAACAGGAUUUUAUAGGAAAUUUAUUCAAAAUUACAGUCAGAUAGCAAAACCAUUGACUUCCUUAUUAAAAAAGGAUGUACUAUUUUUAUGGGUCGACGUGUGUCAAAAAGCAUUUGAUACAUUGAAAAAAGGACUGACAAACGAACCUAUACUACAAUAUCCAAAUUUUGAGGAAAUUUUUAUUUUAACUUGCGAUGCGUCAGGCCAAGCCGUUGGUUCGGUACUGUCACAAAUAAGUGUUGGGAGGGAUCUUCCUAUUGCUUAUGCGUCACGUGUAUUAAAUGCCGCAGAACAACGGUAUAGUACUACAGAAAGAGAGUGUUUAGCAAUAGUAUGGAGCGUAAAACAUUUUCGACCUUAUUUAUGGGGUAAGAAAUUUCAAAUAAUAACCGAUCAUAAACCACUUACUUGGUUACUUAAUGUCAAAGACCCGGGGUCGCGGUUAAUUCGUUGGAGAUUAAAAUUAGAAGAAUAUGAAUACGAAAUAGUAUAUAAAAAAGGAACGGAAAACCAAAAUGCCGAUGCCUUAAGUAGAAUAAUGGUAGCAAUUAGUAAUUCAGGAAUAACUUAUGAAGAUUUUAGUCAAGAAUUAGUUACAAAAAAAAUCGCGAACAAAAAUGUAGAAAAGGUACAAGGAACACUAUUGAAAUCAAGCGAAGAUUAUUAUGUGAGUUUACCAGUGACAAGAGAUCUUUCAAUUAUAGGGAAACUAGCAAUGGACUUGUUAUACUUAGCAAAAGGUUUUGAUAUUCACAAAGAAAAAGAAAAAAAUACAUGA